GUGCCGGUUGCGAGGGCCGGCGGCGGUGGCGAUGGCGCGGAGGGCUGCGUGAGUGGAGUGACGCUGACGGAGUCGGUGACGGUUGGCGGUGGGCGUGCGACGGCGUGCUUCGACUCGGUGGUGUUCAGCGGGCCGAUCACUGUGGCGAUGGACUUGCGCUCGAUGGACUUGUUUGCUGACGCGCUGAACGUGACGCUGCGCCGCUGCGUGCUUGUGGGCGGUGCGCAGCUGCGGAUUGGCGGCCUCAGCGAGAGCACGGCUUACCUGAUGCCGCACGCCCUCGUCAACAUGACGAACGUGACGUCGCUGGAGGGCACGAUUGUGCUGCAUGGCGCGAUGCCGCUGCACUCGCGUGUGCUGCUGGCGAACUCAACGCUGCGCGCGACGGUUGGCGGGUCGCAUUACGUGCCGGCGACUCCUGGCCACGCGGGAUCCCGGUACGGCCCCGCGCUUGUCCUGGACGGCGUCCGGCUUCUGUCAACGCGGUUUGUCAUGACGCGGUCGACGCUGGUGUGCGGCGGGGGCUCGUGCGCUGCGAUCCUCGUGGAGCGCGGCCUUGGCGUGAACCUGUCCAGCGUUUUCUACAUGGACAACUGCGCUGUCAUGUCGCGGACGCACGUGAUGUACGCUCUUGCGUCGGACCUGCGCGUUGCCGGCGGCUCCGUGUUCUCCAUACAGAACAGCUCGUGGAGUGCGCCGAGCAUUGGCGUCUACGAAGGCGCGUGUGUGUUUGGGGACGUUGCGGUGGAUGGCGGCAGCGUGCUGCAGAUGGUGUCCAGCACUUUCCGUCUCGGCUUCGCCGUGCUUGUGGCAGCCACGCUGACCGUGACUGGUGGCAGCUGGCUGUUGCACCGCGACAACGAGUUCCGCACCGCCUACGUUGUGUACGUUGUCCACGAGAACGGCGUGGCGUUUUGCGAUCGGAGUGUGUGGUCGAUACUGUACAACAACAUCACGUACGGCUCGUACUCGUCAACCAUUGUAAGUAUGACAAGCAGCUGGUCACUGCCAUCCGACUCGCGCCCUACCAUCUACGGCGUGUGCAACGAGGCAAGGGGCUCUCCUGUGACGGAUUACGGAGUCUACCUCAAUAUUGGGACGCCCGUGACGGUGUUGGACUGUGGCGCUUGCACCAUGGACGCCGUGUGCUUCGCUACGAGGACGAGCAGCAUGAACGGCUGCCGGUGCGUGUGCGCUGCUGGCGGCUACGGUGACACGUGCCUGCCAGCAGCGGUUCCGGACGGCCUUGGACCGUUCCCGCUCCCCGAUGCGAGGGACACGGAGGUCCGCUGCGUGCACGGUGGCAGCAUCAGCUCCGUGGACGAUCCUGAUCCCGGUGUGCGUGGUCUGUGCUUCGUCAGCGUGACCUUCACCGCCGCGAUCGUGCUGGAACUGUGGAGAUUCGAUGCGCCAGAACAGACACUCAACAUCACGCUGCUGCAGUGCGUCCUCAUGGACCUUUCGAUCAAGGGGAGUGGUGCACGCGUGCACGUGAGCGUAACAUCCUCGGUAUUGGAUUGGGGUGCUUUGGAGUUUGAAGGUAAUUUUGGAGCGAGCUCCCAAAUACUGGUGGUUGGCAGCACGCUUGUGUCGAAGUGGAGCCACGCCAUUGCCUUUUUGGACUUUGCUCUCGGUGCGAACUCGACGCUGCUGCUACUUGACAACCGCAUCGAGGGGAAUCGGUACGCAGUUUAUUUCGCCAAUGCUGCUGUCGUUGAUGGUGGUGGGAUCAUUGUGAGGGGAAAUACGCUGAGGACAAUGGAUGUUGCUUACGGCACGCGGUCCGCCCUUUAUUUUCGCUCCGUGAAUUUGAAGAAAGGCGGCUACUUUGACGUGGAGAACAACACGAUGAGCGCGGCCAAUGGCGUUUAUUUUUUUGGGGAUACGACCGUGAGCUCCGCGGGGCUGCUGCGAGUGGCGGACUGCACCUUUGUUGGCGACGCGGGGAUGUUUGAUCCCACGCUGGUGUAUUUGGACGGCUCGGUGACGCUCCAGGGUGGUGCACAGUGGCGUGUGACGGGCAACAACGUAAGUGCCGCCUCAAUACUAAGUAUAUCGGGUCCCUGGCACAAAAUUCAGCUGUCAGACAGCGGCACCGCCGUGGCGCUUGCACACAACCGUCAGGUAGAGGGAAGCGCCUUCUUUUCUGGGCAGGCUCUGUCAAACACGGUUGUGUCAUCACCCGCGCACUUUGUGGUGGGGUGCAACCUGAAGGACGGUAGGGAGGUGUCGUACGACGGCGUGUUUCCGGAGGACGUGGUUGUGUUCAGGUGUGGCACAUGCAACGACGACGCGGCGUGCUACAUGCCCGGGACGGAGUCGGUGGACCACAGCUCGUGCUCGUGCAGCUGCAAGGACGGAUGGCAUGGCGCGUCGUGUCUUCCCUUCGAGGUGCCUGACACGGUUGUGCCGCCCGUGGCGGAGAGAGCCGUCGACGGCGACACGAGCUGCGUGGUGAACCAGACGCUGACGAACCUCACGCUGAACAUGUGGAAGACGCACCACUGCUACGUGGGCGUGACAUUCAGCGGCGUGGGUGCUGUGCUGACAUUCUUUCUCAACAGUAUGCCGCUGCAUCUCCCCAUCAACAUCGCGUUCACUGGGUGCACGUUCCUUGACGGAGCCGCGCUGCAGUUUGUUGGGGGUGCUGGGGCGGCCGAGUCAGCCGGCGUCCUGAUCCGCGUGAGCCAGACGGUGAUGCGGUCCUCUGUCGUUGCUUUUUUACUUGCUCUCCCGCAGCACUGCGACAUCGCCGUCACGGGGAUUGAUGCGGUGCAGGCCUUUGAGGUUCAGCUGCGGGACACUAGGAUUACCAAAUUGAGCGUAGUGAUGUUGCGGAAAGUUGUGUUGACUGCUUCCUCGCUGUUGGUCAGCAACGUCAGGGCGCGUGCAACGAGGCAACGCGGGUUUGGUUUGCACUCGACUGGGCUGCUGAAGCUGGUGCGUGGCAGCUCGCUGUACACGCGGUACUGCAGCUUUGAUAAAUACACGCACAUGUUUUACAUACACAGGCUGAGUGUCAGCGACCGCUCUGUUUUUGCGCUGCUCAACAAUACGAUGUCCGCCGGGACGAGCCUCUUGUGCCAGUACUACGGAUUCAGCGUGUCGGAUCACAGCGUGUUGCGCAUGGUGGGGAACAGAGGCUCUGUGUGCUACGUUAUCCGUAAUGAAGAAUUGUGGAAUGUCCAGGAGUCGAGCUGGCUGGAUUGGCGCGACAACGACGUGGAAGUGGGUGCGAUGUUCCAAGACACUGAGUUUGCUUUUAUGAGUAUCGACGGCAGCAGUGUUGUGACGCUGACGGGCUGCAAGAUGGGCUCGACGGGGUUGUCGGUCUCGCUGCUAUCGCAGGCUGACGCCGGCUACCGGUUCGUUGCUGGGUGUCUGACGGUCGCGGGACGUGUGGUGACGACGGCGGCUGAACUGGCGCUCCACGGCAUCACCAACGUGACGACGGCUGCAGCGUGCGGGGAGUGCACGAAGGACGGCGUCUGCUUUGCACCGCUGACGACGGCGGUCAUUGACUGCAAGUGCCAGUGCGCUGCUGGAGGGCACGGCGAUGUGUGUGUCCCGGCGCCUGUGCCUGCUGGGCCGCCGCCGUCACUGCCGCCGCCCACACCGCCACGCACACCGCCCACGCCGCCGGUUGGUGAGUGCAUCAGCGACAUGGUGUACCCCGAGGUUGCGCAGGCAGUGGGCGGCGGGCUGUCGUGGCUGUGCUACCGCAACGUGACGUUCAGCGGGGGCGGCAUGAGCCUGACGGUGCUGAUUGGGGCGAUGACGGGCGGCGUGGUGAAUGUCAGGUUCGAUGGAUGCACGUGGAGGGACGGCGCCGUUCUGUUGCUGUUGGGCAACGCGCAUGCCGCUGUUAGGUCGCUGAACAUCAUCGUCACCGGAAACACGUUUAGUGACGCGUUGCUCAGCCCGGAGGGUGGGUUUCCACCGCACACGAACAUCACGAUCAGCGGGAACCGCUUCACGGUCACGAGGCUGAUCCCUCGGUCGGGUUUGGAACUUGGCAGCCCGUCGUGUGUCGCGAUGAAUGAGCUGGUGAUCACCAACGACUCCGCGGUGGUGCUCAGUGGCAAUGUGUUUCUGACCGUGUCGGCGUCGUCAAGCGCCAUACACGUUGUUGAAUACGCACUAAGGGUGUCGUGGUACUCCGUGUUUGCGGUGGUGGGCAACGCGUUUCAUAUGGCCGGCGGUAACAGCACGCUGAUACAUCUUGAAGGGUCUAGCCAUUCCUUGUCGCUGAGUGUACUGAACAACUCUGCUGUGGUGAUCCGAGGCAACUUUGUGUCGAGGUCGGUGAAGCACUUCAUUUUAUUUUUUUGGGCAUUACGUGUGGAGUCUCUGUCAGCGGUCGUUUUUCGGGGCAACGACAUGCAGGGAAGCUCGGCUGUUUUUCACUCAAAAUACAGUUUACUUAUCUACUACAACUCCUGGCUGCAGUUGAGCGGCAACCUCUGCCGCGUGUCCCCAUCGGAAGCUUUUGCCGUUUUGAGAUCAAAGGUGAAUCUCCGUGACUCCACGGUGUCUGUGUCCGGCAACAAAUUCAUGUCCAGCACGGGCACGCCGACAGUUCUGCGAAUAUCCACCGGGCCCCGCGAUAUGAAAAACAGAGCGAUUGUGGCCGCGUGCAACACUGUGAACGGCGGGGAGGAGGCGAAAUACAGCAUCCCGUCCGUGUACAAUGCCACCAUCCUGACCU